UCGCGCUGUGCGCUGACAGGACGCACGGACUCCAUUACCCAGCGUUCCGCGCGGCACUGGUAAACAGAGCUGUCAAACAACAUCGACGCCAUUUCGACAAGAGCCUUAAAAUGGCAGUAUAAUGCAAAGCGGGGAUCGCUCCUCACUAAAUAAGAAGCGACACGCGCUUCUCACGCCCGCGAACACGGACGCGCUUUAACGGACGCUCGAAGACGCCCCGCGGCGACGCGAUGGAUAUCAGCACCGCGGUGUUUAACGCGGCGAGAGACGGAAAACUCAAACUCAUCCAGAAGUUGCUGAGCAACAAAAGUCCGGAGGAGCUGGAGGCGCUGGCGGAGGAGAAGACGCAGGGAGGCACGCCGCUGCUGAUCGCGUCGCGCUACGGACACCUGGAGGUGGUGGAGUACCUGCUGGAGCACUGCAAGGCCAGCGUGGAGCUCGGCGGAUCCGUCAACUUCGACGGCGAGACGAUCGAGGGCGCUCCGCCGCUGUGGGCCGCCUCCGCCGCGGGACACUUACCUGUGGUGAAGACGCUCCUGAAACACGGAGCUUCUGUGAACAACACCACCCUGACCAACUCCACCCCGCUCCGGGCCGCCUGCUUCGACGGACACCUGGAGAUCGUGCGCUACCUGGUGGAGCACCGCGCUGACAUGGAGGUGGCCAACCGGCACGGCCACACCUGCCUGAUGAUCUCCUGCUACAAGGGCCACAAGGAGAUCGCCCGGUUCCUGCUGGAGCGCGGGGCCGACGUCAACCGCCGGAGCGUGAAGGGCAACACGGCUCUGCACGACUGCGCCGAGUCCGGCAGCCUGGAGAUCAUGAAGAUGCUGCUGAAGUGUGGUGCGCGCAUGGAGCGGGACGGCUACAGCAUGACCCCGCUGCUGGCCGCUAGCGUCACCGGACACACCAACAUCGUGGAGUACCUGGUGCACCAGCCGCGCUCGGCCCGGGAGCAGCGCAUCGACGCGCUGGAGCUGCUGGGGGCCACCUUCGUGGACAAGAAGCGCGACCUGCUGGGCGCCAUGCGCUACUGGCGGAGAGCCAUGGAGCUGCGGCAGACGGGCGAGAAGACCCUGGGCAAACCGGCCCCGGGGCCGCCGGUUCCGGCGUAUGACUGCGCCCGUGAGGCGGCGACGGCCGAGGAGCUGGAGGCGCUGAUCACCGACCCGGAUGAGAUGCGCAUGCAGGCACUGCUGAUCCGAGAGCGCAUCCUCGGGCCCUCGCACCCGGACACGUCCUACUACAUCCGCUACCGCGGGGCCGUCUACGCCGACUCGGGCAACUUCGAGCGCUGCAUCCGCCUGUGGAAGUACGCUCUGGACAUGCAGCAGAGCAACCUGGACCCGCUCAGCCCCAUGACGGCCAGCAGCUUCCUAUCCUUCGCCGAGCUCUUCUCCUUCGUGCUGCAGGACCGAGCCAAGGGCCGGGUCGCUCGGGUCACCUUCCAGGAUCUGAUGGGUGUUCUGGGGAAGAGCGUGCGUGAGGUGGAGCGUGCCGUGGCGCAGCGAGACAGUCCUCCGGAGACGCCGCAGUUCACCAAAGCGCUCUGCAUCAUCCUGCACCUGCUGUUCCUGCUGGAGAAGCUGGAGUGCACUCCGGAGCAGGAGCACCAGAAGCGGCAGACCGUGUACCGGCUGCUGAAGCUCAACCCGCGGGCGCGGAGCGGCUUCUCGCCGCUGCACAUGGCCGUGGACAAGGACACCACGUCAGUGGGCCGUUACCCGGUGGGGCGUUUCCCGUCGCUGUCCGUGGCGAGUCUGCUGCUGGAGUGCGGCGCUGACGUGGACUCGCGCGACUGCGAGAACAACACGCCGCUGCACAUCGCCGCCGCUAACGGCUGCCCCGAGAUCAUGGCGGCGCUCAUCCGGGCCGGAGCGCACUUCGACGCCACGAACGCGCGGCGCAAGACGGCCUACGAUCUUCUGGACGAGCAGAGCAGCGGGCGGCACGCGCUACACCCGCUCAGCUACGUCACGCUGCAGUGUCUAGCGGCCCGCGCCAUCGAGAGCCACAGACUGCCCUACAAAGGGCUGAUCUCGGAGGAGAUGGAGGCCUUCAUCGAGCUGCACUGACCCCCAGCAAUAAUCCACCCAACUAGCCAAUAAUGCUCCCGAAGGCUCGUGGGUGAUCUUCCAGGAAAUUUGCCUCUUUCUGUUCUUGUCUUUGCCUGACAGGGCUCGUUUCAGGGCGUCACAAACUGCUUAUCGAUCGCAUGAUCAGAGCAUUAAUGCAAAAAUGAAAUGCAAGUGUUUUCUAUCAGACUCUCUGGUUCUACCCGUCUCUCUUUUAGUGUGUCAACAUGGUGUUGAGUUGCUUCUCGGUGAUGAUCCUGAAGGACUUUCGAAGCCCGUGGUGCCAAAUGCUAGCCUUACACGGUUGUCUUUUCUAACAGCUUUGAAUGUGUGCGGCUGUGAUUUUAAUGUGUUUUUACUGAAUUUCCUUCCUCUGGGGAUGGACUGUAAUAUAUGGAACUUGGCACUUUAUCCCCCCCGUAUGAGAACAGCUAUUUUUGAAUUGCUGACGUUACAUUGAUAUCUAUGCAGUUUAUUAACAGCGGUGGAUUUGGAGUGACAGAUUUGGCAACCAGGUUGUUUUUGUGUUUUCUUUUCCUUUGCAGGGUUACGUGAGAAGCUUCAUAUGCGUUCUAAUCUUAUUCUAAAUGCCUGUAAGUUUUUAUUCUUGGUAAGAUUUCAUGGCUGAACUGAUUUAUUUCUCUGUUGUCCGGUCUGUCAUUGUAAAUGCCACGCUGUGGAAGCACUUUGGAAAUAUUAACACUCUGUUUAACCUCGAAAACCAGAGACAUCUCUCAGAAACUACAACUGAUUUGGUUAAUUUAAGACAAUUUACUACAAGACAAAAAUGUGUAUGGUGGUGCCUGAAUAAAAUUCAAGUGUCCCGUC